AUGAUUUGUCUAUCGUUGAGCCAUUUUACAUUAAUCGUUUGUUUAUUAACUAAUACAAUUACCCACGUUACUGGAUUGAAAAUCCAAUCCUCCAGUAAAAACAAAUAUUCUACAACCACUGGUCGACUUUUCAAACGCACGCAUUCGGCCCCAGCCCAAGAAAUCAACCAGUAUGAAAGCACUGUGCACAAGGAAUCCAACAAAGAUGAGCUUAGUGAGGACAACGUCACUACACCAGGUAGCGCUGUAGUCCAAUCAGGUGGCGCUGUAAUCCAAUCAGGUGGCGCUGUAGUCCAACCAGGUGGCGCCGUAGUCCAAUCAGGUGGCGCUGUAGUCCAAUCAGGUGGCGCCGUAGUCCAACCAGGUGGCGCCGUAGUCCAAAGUCAACUGGAAAGAGAAAACGUAACAGAUAAAUACGAACAACAAGUGAAGAAUGUGUCAAUGAAAGAUAUUGGUUUUACAAAAUCAAAAACUGUGGAAGAUAAUUUAAAAAAUAAUAAUUUUACUUUUCAUGAAAUGGAUUUCGACUACGAGACUGAUAUGUCGAUGACAGAUCAUGUCUUUAAAGGGAAUAGAGAUUUGCCCAACGAGCCUGACUUAAAUGAAAAUAAACUAUUACAUGAUCAAGAUAAGAAAACCAGUGACAACAAAAAGACGAAAGAAGAGUAUAAGAUUAGGAUGAACGAAACUACACCAUUAAGAAAGUUAAAUUCUACACUUGCACUUGCUAAAACUGAGUCUUUGGAUUCCAAUAUCUUAAAUGACAGCUUAGAAAUAACUCAUGAAACUUUAGUCACAACCAACAACAUGCUUCAAGUGUCAGUCGACCAGAAGGAAUUGAAUGGAAAUACACCGGACCCAUUUUGUCCUUCUUGUAAGAAACCCAAGGAUUUAAACACAAUGACAAAUCAAAACCUAACAACGUUUGAAUCGCCCAACAGUACAAACACUACAACACAAAAAAGUUCCCUUACAUUUCGGGAAUUUGAGCCUGCCAACUCUGUCCAUCCAUCGGAAGAACCAAUCGUGAAAGAAAAAUACCCAGAUGAUAGUGCAGACUGUCCCCACUGUGGAAGUCAGGGACUCACUGAGGACAAUAUUAAAAGUAUAAGAUUAAAUUUCUUUUCCAAGGUCCUUCGGCAAAAACUCCGUCUGAGCAACAAGAAUUUAUCUGACGUAAGUGAGAUGACUGAGCGAAAACUACCGAAGUUACCCAAAGAUGUAAAGGAGAAAAUGUUCAGAGACGAGCGGCAAUUGGAGGAAAAGUAUGAAUUUUAUGCAAGAGACGAAGAAGUUGUUAUCACAGGAGAUUACGUUGGCCACGAGUGCAUCAAGAUGAAUGCCAAUGCCACCGGUUGCUACACAUUCGAUCUUACUGGGAAAAAUGUAAAACGCGGUAUAAAGUCAGCCUUCCUCUGGUUCUUCAAGUCGAAAGAUAGAAAUGACAUGCAAAAACAUGAGAUACUCUUACAUGAGCUUGGCAUACGACGAAGUGGUCGCCUCAAAGAGAAAAGCCUCAUAGCUCGCAUGGAGAUCUACGCCAAGGAUGGAUGGAUUAGCCUGGACCUAAGUAUUCAAGUCAAAAAGUGGGUCGAUCAAGGAGGUGACAAAAAGAUACUUGCCAUCAAGUGCAGCACGUGCGCCACUCAACAUUACAAGGCUUUGUAUGGGGUCAAGGAAGGCUACAAACCAGUCUUGGUCGUCACAUAUCUUAAACCUAGGAAAGAGAGGCGAGACAAAAGAGACUCUGAGACAUGCGACCCUCGAUCAAGGUGCUGUAAGCGACAACUGGAUGUAGACUUUAAUGCCGUGGAUCUGAAUUACAUCAUCCAACCAAGGACUAUGUCCAUCGGCUACUGUUUUGGCUAUUGUGACGGUAUGGAUCAGUUGAUGUACAACCACACUGCUGUUAUACAGAGUAUGCGCUGGUCUUCCCCGCUGAGUGGUUCUCUGAGAGAGCAACUGAAGCCCUGCUGUGUACCAAUACAACUGAAGGACUCGUUCAUCAUUACCGCUGAAAAUGGCGUCGUCACAAGAAAACUUCUGCCUAACGUCAUGGUAGAAAAAUGCGGUUGUAUGUAAAACUUGUAGAAGAGUAAGUCUGUGGUGUUCUCUGCGGGCGAAUGGUGUUCAAAUCUUACUUGUCUGCAUUGGGCUUUUAAAUUGUUCUCUAGUUGAUGACUACUAGGCUGUUGCCGAGAAUUAUGACGCUAGAGUUGCAUUAAGAACUGUUCAAGUGGAAUGCUUGUUCUAUAUUUAAACUUACUUAUUGGCUACACGUCAAUGUUGUCUAAUUAUAGAUUAAUACCUUCACUCUUAUCAGAGACAUUUUGUAGACCAGGUCAAGCAAUGCAUAUGUAAUGUCUAUAUGCAGUGUACUAUCACCAAGGAUUGUUGUUAGUAACAUGGAUUGUUGUUAGUAACGUGUAUUGUUGUUAAUAACAUGUAUUUGUGCAUUGAAUAAAAAUGAGUUUUGUUUGA